AUGUCUCGCCAAGUAUCGUCUCCGCCAGUCUCUCCUUCCACUCUCUUAGACUCUGAGCAGAACAUAGCCACGAUAUCGCGUCAUGAUAGCAUUAAUUCGGCGCAGGACUUGGAGGUUGCCGAGUUGAGGAGACAGAUCGAAAAGCUUCAAGCGACAGAAACCAGUCUAAUAUGGCAGUGCGAUGAGGCAUCUCGAGAACUGAAAGCUUGUAAGAGUGACCUCGCCAAGGAGAAGCAAGAGGCGCGUACUUUUGCCGGUAAGUUGAGCAAAGAGAGCCGAAACCUUGGUGCCCUCAAUGACGACAUGGUCACAUUGCGGAAAGACACUGAACGCCAGAUUUGCGACAUUGAGUCAAAGUUGGAUCAGGAAAGGAAGAAGCGAGCCAAAAUCCAGCAAAACGCCAAUAGGACUAUCACAAAGUUACGCUCCGAACUUGAUGCAAACCCUUAUCAACCUAGCCCUGUCUCCCACCUCCAGGACACCAUCAAGUAUCUCCAGAAGGAGAACGCUCACCUCAAGAAUAUACACCAUGAGGAUGGCUGUGAAGAGCACAGGAAUUUCAUCUUUCAUCAACUUGAAGAUGCGAAAGGAAUGCAGGCUGCCGCCGAGGCAGAAACAGAAGGUCUUCGCCAUCUCGCAAAUGCUAAUGCUGACCUGAUAGAGGAGCAUGUUAAUAAUGUGGAAAGUAUCAAGGCACUGAUACAGCAGACUGACAGCUACGGCGCUAAAGUUGAGCAGCUUCAAGGAAAUGCCAAAGAGCCGCUCGCCAAAGAGCACUUCACUUCUGGCAUGAUCAAAGAUGCCGACGCCAACCAUUACUUAAACCAACUUUUGAGCUUUUCCGCGAUCACAUAUCUUGACACUGUUCCUGUCGCUCCCGAAGACAACGAAGUCGAGAUUGCGGAAUACAUACACCGUUUGCGCGCCGCCGACCUGGAAAUCAAAGUCCUCAGUUCAGAUCGCAACGCUCCGCCUAAGUCGUGUACUCCAGUGUAUCCAGCAUCAGCUGCACUCGGGCUCUCAACGGUCUUUUGCUUGGCAUCGGAGCCUGAGGCAGCUUCAUCAAUCAGGUCUUCGCUGAAAUUUUCUGAUUUGCAAACCGUCUCGACAACGCCGCGUACGCCUGUCCCUACGACCAACCCAUUAAACAACCCUGCCUUGCUAGCUGGGCUUGAGGAUCUCGGUAAGUCGAUCAUGAGUCUCAGCACUGUACCAUCUCUCAACCGAAUGGUCCAAUCUUCCACAGAGCUGCAGGUUACACCCCUCCCCACUGUCGCCCUGACAAUCAAUAUCCAACCUACCGACAAGCGCAACUAUUCGUUGCUGCAACGCGUUCAAAGUGCAAUCUCUGCGACAUCGUCUCUCGAUAUCCACGGCCCUAAAGAAUCUGUUAACCAACUUGUAGCUAGCAUGCACGACGUCGAGGCGGAUCAUGCCGAGAAGAGCAAACUUGUCGUACAGUUGGAAAUGGUCUCCAAGCAAUACCUUGCAGAUAUAGACGUUCUAGAAGCACAGAUUCGAGAUAAAAGGAAGUGCUUAGAUCCCGAGCAUCGCAUAAUGGCUGAUGAGCUCGAGGCCAAGAACGUGCAAUUCGCUAUGCAGGAGCAGCUUCUGGCCGAUUGGGGGAGACGGACUGGAUGA